AUGACUGCAGCUAAGUUCUUAGAUGUGCCACGCUCUUUCCCAACUACCUCUGACAACUCAGAUGUUUACAGGAAUUUUUGUUGCCUAUAUGCUACAAAUGCUGGGGAAGAGUACCCAAAGGGCGACAUCCCGUCCUACAUGGCAGUGCAAGAGGUGGAAGCAGAUGGUGAUGUGGAAAUGAAAGAAGGCGCGCAACCUGAUACAAACAUCAAAAAGAAGAGAAACGUCUUCAUUGGAACUACGAAAAUAGUUGUUCCGAGGCCUAAAACGACCAUUGAAACAUUCAUGAAAGAUGGGAUGAUUGAGGACUGGGAGAUGUUCGAAAAUCUUCUUGAUUAUUCUUACAACGAAGUAUUGUACAGUGAAGCACAAUAUCAUCCAGCAUUAUUUACAGAAAGCGCGUGGAAUGACAAAGCGAAAAGGGAACGUUUGACUGAGCUCGCUUUUGAGAAGUACAAUGUUCCGGCCUUUUUCUUGGUGAAAAAUGCAGAUGAAGUGCUGGAAAAUGAAGCGCCAAGGUGGACGAGAAAGAAAAACUUACCAGAAGUGACUGAAAGCUACGAUAAGUUCAUGAGGAAACAGAUCUUGGAAGAUAUGGCUGUCUCAAUUUUGCAACUUUGCGAUACUCCAUUGGACGCAGAAUACGCAGAAAAGUUGCCUUCGGCUCCAUAUUCUUUCCCAAAUGGAUUCACGAAGGAGUUCCUUGCCGAACGGAUAAAAGUCCCGGAAGUAUUGUUCGAUCUCAAAUACCUUCGCAACAUGCCAGCUACGCAAUCCACAAUGUUAAAUGUAACGCAGAUCGCAACAACGGCAGCGGGAAUGUGUGACAUAGAUAUCCGACCAACUUUGUACAGUGGGUUGAUGGUGACUGGAGGUAACUCGUUGAUUCUUGGUUUUACGGAGAGGCUCAAUCAUGAUCUGGCCCACAAGUGCCCACCGACGAUCAAGCUGAGAGUUUCUGCUGCGCCCACCCCCAUGGAGAGGCGGUUUGGAGCUUGGAUCGGUGGCUCGAUUUUGGGGUCUUUGGGAUCGUUCCAGCAGAUGUGGAUUGCCAAGUCGGAAUAUGAGGAAACUGGCCGAACCAUCGUCGAAAAUCGCUGUCCUUAAUGUUCCUUUCUUGUGAAUCCGUUUCACUUGGUUGUUUUUCUUUGAAUGGUAGAACUACGGAUUGCCUUUCAAAUUUGGACUACUACCUUCCAUGUUAUAUUUUUGUUUGUGAGAGCUGUUGUGAAAGAGCAGCGCGAUUUGCUUGUAAGAAUUGAUCUCCUUUGAACUUGACUGAAUACAGUUAACUCCCCACUUGCAUA